AUGGCUUCCGUAGCAUUGUCGACUCCUGUCAAGUCCCACAAGGGACUUUUCUCUGCCCGUACCGCUGGUGGACGCAUGCCUCUGACACCUUCUCCCCGUCAGCAGGCUUCUACCUCCAACGUUCCCGUCAACUUGAACUCUUCCCCCUUCACACCCGAGAGACAGUCCAGCAAUGACUUCAGACCAUCUGGUCGUUCUACCUACGGUGGUAACCUGAUGUCUCAUCUCGCCCGAUCUACCACCAAGACCUCUCACCGUGACUCUCCCAAGUCCAACAUUGCCCGUGGCGUCCAGACUCCCCGCAAGGCUCUCGAGCUCGGCGUCUCUGACUUCACCCUCACUGGUACUGGCACCAACACCAAGACUCCCGCAAGCAAGAAGACCAAACCCUCCAAGACUACCAAGACUACCCUCAACUAUGGUGGCGACCGAUUUAUUCCCAACCGUGGUGCCAGUUCUGCCAUCAACAACGCUGGCUCUGGCAAGCUGGAUCUUCCCGACAGACAACGACCCAAGAGCAGCAAGACUGAGAGCUCCAACGUUCUCUCUGCUGCUGCUGACGAGGCCCUGGCUGCCCUGGAGAGCCUCAACAUCAACGAUGACGAUGAGCCUGACAACUACUCUCGACCCUCUCCCAACACUGUUGCCUACCAAGAUUCCCUUGCCAACGCCUGCGGUGUGAGCCUCAACACGCGCAUCCUGGAGUUCAAGCCUGCCGCCCCUGAGUCCUCUAAGCCCAUCGACCUGCGACAACAGUACAACCGUCCUCUCAAGUCUACCACCACAAGCUCUGCUCAGCUUCGCCGCCGCAUUGCCACCGCUCCCGAGCGUGUCCUUGAUGCACCCGGCCUUGUCGAUGACUACUACCUCAACCUUCUCGACUGGAGCUCCGGCAACCAGGUCGCUAUUGGUCUUGAGCGAAACGUCUACGUUUGGUCUGCCGAUGAGGGUAGCGUCAGCUGCCUCCUCGAGACUACCCCCGACACCUACGUUAGCAGCGUCAAGUGGUCUGGUGAUGGUGCCUACGUCAGUGUUGGUCUCGGAACUGGUGAGGUUCAGAUCUGGGAUGUCGCUGAGGGUCAGAAGAUCCGAAGCAUGUUCGGCCACGACACCCGCGUUGGUGUCAUGGGCUGGAACAAGCACCUUCUCUCCACCGGUGCCCGAAGUGGCCUUGUCUACAACCACGAUGUUCGCAUCGCUGAGCACAAGGUUGCCGAGCUCGUCUCCCACACUUCCGAGGUUUGCGGUCUUGAGUGGCGCUCCGAUGGUGCUCAGCUCGCUACUGGCGGCAACGACAACCUCAUCUCCAUCUGGGAUGCCCGAUCUCUGUCCGUCCCCAAGUUCACCAAGACCAACCACAAGGCUGCCGUCAAGGCUCUUUCUUGGUGCCCCUGGAACAUGAACCUCCUCGCUACCGGCGGUGGUUCUUACGAUCGCCACAUCCACUUCUGGAACUCCACCUCCGGCGCUCGUGUCAACAGCAUCGACACUGGUUCUCAGGUCACUUCUCUCCGCUGGAGCCCUCACCACCGUGAGAUCGUCAGCUCAAGCGGCUUCCCCGACAACUCUCUCAGCAUCUGGAGCUAUCCUACCCUCGUCCGAACUGUCGAGAUCCCUGCUCAUGAGAGCCGAGUCCUCCACAGCUGCCUCAGCCCUGACGGUCAGAUGCUUGCUACUGCUGCUGCUGAUGAGAGUCUCAAGUUCUGGAAGAUCUUCGAGAAGAAGGCUGGUGCCACCGCCGCCCUUGGCGCCUCUGGUGCUUCUAGCAAGGCUUCCAUGGCCAAGCAGAUGACCAUCCGAUAA